UUCGAUUUGAACCUUGACGCCCUAUUUAUUAACAACCACCACUUCCAGGCGGCGCUGCCGCCGAACUUCGGCAAUUCGACGCCCUCCGUCGUCGUCCUGGAGAAUAAUAAUCUCCAGAACGUACAUGAGCCAUCAGAAAACGGAAUGGGGGAAAACCUCUGGAAAGUUUUGCAAGGGUGUCAUCUGUAAAGCUUUAAGCCAGUCAUUUAUGGAUCUUGAGCUUUCCUGUACCUCAAGCCUUCCAUGGAUUUGGGUUGUGGAAACUCUAGCACACUCUAAUCAAAUAGACACAUAUCUUUUAAUAGAUUUGCUGGAGAAGACACCAAAAAUAGCUGAUGAUGAUAUUGGUGGAAAUGCUAGAGAAGCGGUGUCGUUGAAAAUUUUAGAAAAUUUUUUUGUUCAAAGAGCCCCUGCAAUUCCUGAAUCAUCAUCUUCUCACUCUAUUGAAAAGAUUAAGUUAGAUCCGUCCGAUAGUUGUGAAGAUGUUCUUCGAAGGAUGUUGGCUGAAAAGUAUCAACAGGCAUCGCCAUCAGGCCUGAAACUCGCUGAUCUAGAGCUCGACAAAUGGGAUCUUCAGUCCUUUAUACAACAUAAACGAUCGAGCUUGGCUGUAUAUACUCUGAAGCAGCUGAAAGCUGCAAUUCUAACAGGAAAGAAUUCUUUGCUUGCUUCCUUGAAAGAACAAAGUGGCUUAUCUGUUGGAAAUCAACCUGAAAAUGGAGCUAGAAUCGACCCAAGACUUAGUACGAGUGUUGAAAGGUUGCUGCUAGUUAAUGCAGCAAAGAAAAGAAUCCAAAGUGAAAAUCAGGUCGAACCCAAUAAUGGAUCUGUCAAGAAGCAUAAACCUGAUGCCAUUUUCUCCGAACCAUAUAUGGGUGAUAAAAGUAUGCCUUCGGGUGAAGAUACACAAUUACCAAAUGCAUCUGCAGCAGCAUGUAUUGAACACAAUGAUGGAGGGAGAUGCAACUUAGAUAAAACAAAUCAUAUUGGGAACGUAGGGAUUGAUGACGGUGAUAAUGAGCAACAGCAGACUUCUCCAAAGGGGCUUGCUAGGUUGGAUGAAGUUUUGCAUCCUGGGAAGGGACAUGAAUAUGACAUUCGGAAAGCAAAUGGUAACAACAUUUCUAGUGGUAAGGGAGGAAUCAAUUAUGAUGGCACUGAUUUUGCUACCAAGAAUAAUACUUCUUUGGAUCAACAGCUUCCGGCUAAUUGUAACGAGUGUACUUCAUCGGAGGCGAUUGGUGGCUGUGAUGAAGUAGUCCCUCAAUGUGAAACUGAAAUAAAGAAUUACAAAUUUGACGGGAAACAGAUGAAAGAUCAUGAUGCCAACUUUGACAAACUUGAGCAAAAUAUUUCAAGAAAAUCUCCAAAUGUCAAAGAAGCUAAAGGUGUCGAUCUGGCGAUAGAUAGCAAUGAGCUGCUUCUUGAUGAGAAUACUAGUGUUGAUGCAAUGAAGAAAACAUUUCUGAGCUCUCAGCGGGCAUACGGUCAGGAUUCUUUGGCAACAACUGAUCGGAUGGAGCUAGAUCUUUGCAUGAAAUGCAACAAGGGUGGCGAGUUACUGGUUUGUAGUUCUGACUCCUGCUCUAUUGUGAUACAUGUGAGCUGUCUGGGUUCUGAUGCAUCAGCCUACGACACAAAUGGAAAAUUUUACUGCCCAUUUUGUGCAUAUUCUCAAGCUAUUUCAAAGUACAUGGAAGUUAAGAAACAAGCCUCCUUGGCAAGAAAGCAUGUGGCAACUUUUAUUCGUAGUGUAGGAAACCAGAAAGAAUCUGAGGAACACUCUUACAAGAAAAAGAAAGAUGCUACAGAAAAGGUCCGUAAUCAUCGGCAGAGGAAGGAAGUGGAAAAUGAACCGGCAGGACCUUCAGGAAUGCAUUCCUAUCACAAUCUUUGUUCAAUGAGAAAUGAUAUAUCUUCGAUCAAUAGAAUAGUAGCUCAUGGUUUGGACAAAGAUAAAAAAGAAGGGGAAAAAACUAUUGAGAUAUCAUGCCAAUCACUGAGAAUUCAUGAAAAACAACAGAAAGAUGAACUUGGGAUCCAUAAAUCUCUCAGAGAAAAAACAUCCCACCGAGUUUCGAAGAGAAGUGGCGUGUUUGGGAACUAUGUUGACAUCAGAUCCAAGAAGGGAGCUGUGUCAGAUGAACAGAAAGAUAUCUCAUCAAAGUCUGGAUCAUUUGAUUUGUUUGAAACAUCUGAUGAAGACUAUAAAAGUGGAAGUUCUUGUUCUACAAAAGUUCGAAAACAGAAGGCGCAAUUCAGCUCAUAUCCAAGAAUUCCUCUAUUAAGGCGGAAAAUACUUCCAUGGACAAGUGCAGAAGAAAAUGCAUUAAAGGAGGGAGUUCGACUACUGAGCAACCCCGGCGACAAGAUUAUGCCAUGGACAAAAAUUUUGGAAUUUGGAACGGGUGUUUUUGACAAAAGCCGGACUACGGUGGACCUCAAAGACAAAUGGAGGAAUAUGUGCAAAGCAGCAGUUUGAAAGGCGCCGUCUUUGGAACUGGUAAGUUUGCAAUAUAAAGAAAGUUAUUUUGAAUCUAAAUGCUGCAUUAUUUGCUAUGAAUAUAUGAUCACUCUGAUCUCUUGAAAGUUUUGUUGCUUUUGCUUUCAUGUAUAUGUUUGUUGAUCUGAUUUGGAUAUGAAUGUACAGUGCACCAAUUAUUUUGCAUGGUU